UUCCAUGUGUGAGUGAUUAAGCCAACAGUAAGCAUGCUGACCGCACAGAGGGCUGCCCGGCACCUGGUUAGAACUUCAGUCUCCUCAUCCCUCACACACUGCUCUCUGAUCCAUACUUCAGUACUCUGUCAGGACCGCGCUGAGCUGCAUUCUGAAUGGGCCGGUCUGGCUAAGAAACAGCUGAAGGGGAAGAAUCCAGAAGAUCUGAUCUGGCACACUCCUGAGGGGAUUAAAAUCAAGCCCGUGUACACCAAAACAGACUCAAAAGAUGUUGCUGAUGAACUGCCAGGAGUGUUUCCUUACACUAGAGGGCCCUAUCCCACCAUGUACACAUACAGACCUUGGACUAUCAGGCAGUAUGCUGGAUUCAGCACUGUUGAGGAGAGCAAUAAGUUCUAUAAAGACAACAUAAAGGCUGGUCAGCAGGGUCUUUCUGUGGCCUUUGACCUCCCAACACACCGUGGUUAUGACUCGGACAACCCCAGGGUCCACGGAGAUGUGGGCAUGGCUGGAGUGGCUAUAGAUACAGUUGAGGACAUGAAGUUGCUCUUUGAUGGAAUCCCAUUGGAGAAGAUGUCUGUUUCAAUGACUAUGAAUGGAGCAGUUAUCCCUGUGUUGGCAAUGUUUAUUGUCACUGGAGAGGAGCAGGGCGUUCCAAAAGAGAAACUAACUGGCACGAUUCAAAAUGAUAUUUUGAAGGAAUUUAUGGUGCGCAACACCUAUAUUUUCCCCCCGGAACCUUCCAUGCACGCCAUUGCAGACAUCUUUGCAUAUACCUCUAAGCACAUGCCUAAGUUCAACUCCAUAUCCAUCAGUGGCUACCAUCUUCAGGAGGCCGGCGCCGAUGCCAUCUUGGAAGUAGCCUACACCAUUGCUAACGGCCUGGAGUACUGCCGCACUGGACUGAAAGCAGGGUUAACCAUAGAUGAAUUUGCUCCAAGGCUGUCGUUCUUCUGGGGCAUCGGGAUGAAUUUCUACAUGGAAAUUGCCAAGCUGAGGGCAGCCAGGAGGUUAUGGGCUACGCUCAUUAAAGAAAAUUUCCAGCCCAAGAAUGCCAAGUCUCUCCUCCUGCGCACACAUUGCCAGACCUCAGGCUGGUCUCUCACUGAACAAGAUCCAUACAACAAUGUGAUCCGCACGGUGAUUGAAGCCAUGGCCGCUGUGUUUGGGGGGACCCAGUCGCUGCACACCAACUCUUUCGAUGAAGCUCUGGGCUUGCCCACCGUGAAAAGCGCUCGCAUCGCCAGGAACACUCAGAUCAUCAUCCAGGAGGAGUCGGGCAUCCCCAAAGUUGCAGAUCCUUGGGGAGGCUCGCACAUGAUGGAGGCUCUCACAGAUGAUGUCUAUAACACUGCUUUGAAGUUUAUUAAAGACAUCGAAGAGAUGGGAGGCAUGGCCAAAGCGGUAGCCGAGGGAAUUCCAAAGCUCCGUAUUGAGGAAUGUGCUGCUCGUAGACAGGCCCGCAUUGACUCAGGCUCAGAAGUUAUUGUUGGUGUGAACAAGUACCGUCUGGAGACGGAGGAGACGGUGGAGGUCCUGGCCAUAGAUAACACCGCUGUGCGCCAGAAGCAGAUUGAAAAACUGAAAAAGGUCAGUGGUACGGUUAACAGCUUGAUGAGCUGGCAGUAUGACAGGUAUAAUAUACAUGCGCCUUUUAAUCGGCACAGGAGUUUUUUUUCUUUAAACUGGAAAAAACGGUUUGCAGAGUUUGGGAAACAUCAAGGCUUUUGUAUUGAGUGUGGAUAUCUUAAAAUAGUACUUAAUGAUUAUUUAUCGCUCGAAUCUGCUCCUUUCUGCAGAUGCUCUGUUGGUGAGAUAACCGAAGCCAUGAAGAAGGUGUUUGGUGAACACAAGGCCAGCACCAGGAUGGUGAGCGGGGCUUACCGCACUGAGUUCGGAGAGCAUGAAGAGAUCACUCUGGCCAACAACAGAGUUGUAGAGUUCAAGAGGCAUGAGGGGAGGAAUCCUCGAUUGCUGGUGGCAAAGAUGGGGCAGGACGGUCACGACAGAGGUGCCAAAGUUAUCGCCACGGGGUUCGCAGACCUGGGCUUCGAUGUAGACAUCGGACCACUGUUUCAGACCCCCCGGGAGGUGGCCCAGCAGGCGGUUGAUGCAGACGUUCACUGUGUCGGGGUCAGCACGCUGGCCGCAGGACACAAGACCCUGGUGCCAGAGCUCAUCAAGGAACUGCAAAAACUCAACAGGCCAGAUAUACUUGUCAUCUGUGGAGGUGUCAUCCCACCCCAGGACUACGAGUUCUUGUACCACAGUGGCGUAUGCGCCAUCUUUGGCCCAGGAACCAGGAUCCCACAGGCUGCAGUGGAGGUUAUUGACAACAUUGAAAAGAGCCUGGAAAAGAAUCGACAAGCAAUGUGAAAGCGAACUGCUUGUUCAAGCGUCUGUACAGGAUCAGUCUGACGAGGAUGUAAAAGAAAAAGCAAGACUAAUUGUUACAUUUAGUUUUUUGUGUGUUCAUUAACAACACUCAAAAUGAACAAUGUAACGUCACACAAACCUCCUCAGUAGGAUUUGAAUGAUGUUUGUUAAUGAUUUCACUCUUUGCAUCAUACCUGUGUGUUCUCUGUAUUGAUUUCUUAAUCAGUCUGAUUAUAUUACAUCUAAAAUUCCAGAGUGUAAAAGAAAGCACUUAUCAUACACUGUUAUUCCAAUUAGGAUUAUGAUGUGACAGAAAUUUGUCCUUUUUUUUUUUACAAUCCAAGAUAAAACACGGGGAAAACCA